CGAGCGUUGGUCUUCAAGUUGGACUUGCGUACACUCGUACCUAUACAAUCGUACACCUCAGUCUCGCGGCGAGCGGCACGUGUUCAAGCCUCUCCACAGAACUCGCUUCUCCUCCCCCAAGUGUGGAUGUAGUCCUGAUUUUACUUUACUUUUUUUUUUUUUUUUCUUUUCCAUUUCCAAACGCAAUUGCCAAAUCUGUUUGUUCAAUCGAGGAAGAAUCGCUGCCGCGAAGACAUGCCCGAAUUCACCCCCAAAGUACAGAGGGUGAACGCUCGGUAAUAGCAUACCAAAGCUCACGCGUUUGAACAUAAUAUAUAUACACAUGCCACAAGCACCGUGUUACAAGCCGGCAAAAACACACGGGAUGUAACUGGCUAGCUUCGUAUAGGAGAACACACACACACACCGGCUGUCAAAGACUCGAUCGUAACAGCAGGACUGGAGGAACCCGUGCACGGAAGCAGUUGGCCGAGCACGAUGGACAAUAUGGUGAAAUAAUGCGACGGCGCACAAGCAUCACCGACGAGAAGACGGAGGCGGAGGGGGAGGAGGACGAAGGAGGGGACAGGAAAAAAAAGGUCACCAGGACCCAUUAGGAUACGCAUUAUUAUACAGGCAGCUGGGUGCGCUGCAAGAGGCAAUAAUUGUACAGGCAAUCGAAGGGAAUAACGGAGAAACGAUGGAUACGGGUGGCGAGAAGUUGCAGCCGAGGGGCAGCUCGGCGACGAGGCUCGUCUACUGUCUGCUGUUGGCUCAAUUCCUCGGCCAGUUGUUGAGCUUCGUCUACCUGUACGGCCAGCUACGAGGGCUCGAGCUCGAGGUGCGAGCGCCGUGGGACGCCAGUGCUACGGCCGAUGUAGCUCAGCGUCCGGUCGGCCGGAUCAGGCGCAGCAGUGCCAUGCCCGCUACGGAGGACAACGCCGUCUCCGAGGUCUUUAGGGCCCGCGACGACAAGGAUGGCAGCUCGAAGGGUACCAAGACGGCUUCGCUCAAGGGUGACGAGUGGGUCUGGCUGUCGGCCGAUACUCGGAUACCGUACGACGCGAUCGAGACCUUCUGCCGCAAGUCCAGCGAGUACUGUCCGCCGGGGCAGCGGGGGCUGCCGGGAAUCGGGACACCUGGACAAAAGGGCGACCAAGGCCUGCCCGGGAUCCAGGGAACUCCCGGUUUGCCCGGGCCAAGGGGACCCCCGGGUCCGGAAGGUCCUCGCGGGGAGCCCGGACUCGACGGCAUCGACGGUAUUCCCGGCGAGCCUGGCCUAGACGGACUCCCCGGGCGCAGUGGUAACGACGGCAUGCCUGGAAAGGACGGUCUGCCCGGCCUGCACGGCACUCCGGGAACUCCCGGGCGCAACGGCACCGACGGGAGGCACGGCUACCAGGGUCCCCAAGGACCUCCAGGACCUCCGGGUACUCCAGGACAAAUGGGCCUGCGCGGUCCACCCGGUCAGGACGGCAAGCCCGGGGCGCCGAGUAUCGUCGCUUACACUCCGUUCAAGGUUAACGACGGGACUGGUUUCAUCGACCCCACCAAAUUGCUAGUGCCGCCCUCCAUCGUGGGUAACUCGCAGACCCAGUAUGUGGUGGCAGAGGAAGGCCUGAACCUGCGGCUGGAGUGCUUCGCGUCGGGCAAACCGAGCCCCGUCGUUCAGUGGCACAGGCUCGACGGCCUGCCCAUACACACCGGUAGCUGGCACGCUACCGCGAUUUACGGAAACUCCUUGAACCUGUCGUCCGUGCACAGAGACGACAUGGGAAACUACACGUGCACCGCGGACAACGGCGUGCCUCCGAGUUCCAGCAAGUUGAUUCACCUCAGCGUCAAGUUCGGGCCGCUGGUACGGAUAAAAUCUCCGGUAGUCCGAGCACGUCAUCACGGCACGGCGCUCCUCGAGUGCGAGGUCGAUGCACACCCCAGGCCGGAACUGCACUGGGAGAACAGGGACGGCCGCCUCGAAAACAGGCUCAGCAAGUACCAUUUCCACGAGGAGGAGCGCGGACGGGAGAAGUACCGGAUGAGACUGAAAAUCAACAAGGUCAGCUCGGCCGACUACGGGUCGUACUACUGCGUGGCCAAGAACUUUAUAAACACCAUGAACAGCGCCAGGGGCGUGAUCGCGCUCAGGGAUCCGAGCGAGAAGACGUCGGAGUCGAAGGGCUCGAGUGUCUUUGGCAAGCUGCCACCGGGUAGGCCUCACUAUCGGGACCUAUGUCCUCCGCCCUUGCACUGCAACAGCUGUCCGCGAGCCAACUGUGGAUUCAACGGCGUCGAAGCGAGGCCCAUGACCGGUGACUUUGAGAGCAUGCCUCCCCGGCUGGCUGACGGCGUGAUAGGCGCGGUGGGCAUAGCCGUGUUCAAGGGCCAGAUGGACGACUCUUACGGCAUUUGGAUGCAGGACACGAUGCCGAGGAGCGAGUCGUCGGCGGGCAAGUUGUGGGUGACGCGUAGCAACGACACGGCCAACGUGUACGAGUACGCGGACAUCGACGACUACGCGCGCAAGAGGACCCUGCGCGUCGUCAAGCUACCCUAUCCCUUCCAGGGUAACGGGCACCUCGUGUACGGGGGCUACUUUUUCUACAACCCGUACAACCGAUCGACCAUCAUACGCGUCGACCUGGGCCAGCCCGAGGGCACGAUCUACAGUUACCCGCGGAUGGAGGCCAGCCUGUCCGGGCUGCGCGUCAACACGGGCAAUUACUUGUACACGCCCAAUCACAAUUUCAACUACGUCGACUUUGACGUGGACGAGAACGGUUUAUGGGCCAUUUACGGUAGCGAGUCGAACGAGACGGUUGUGACGAAGGUCGAUACCGAGCGCAUGAAGUUCCAGAACGCCUGGACCAUAACCGUCGAUCAUCACAAGUACGGCGAGAUGUUUGUCGCCCGCGGCGUUCUCUACGCCGUGCACAGCAUCACCGACAAGACCAUGAACAUCAGCUUGGCCAUGGAUCUCUACCACGGCAGGCAGCUGAACGUCAGCCUGUCGUUUACGAACGCUUACCAAAAAGUCACGAUGCUCAGAUACAACAGCAGAACAAAGGAGCUGUACGCGUGGGACAAGGGCACCCUGCUGGCCUACCAGGUCAGAUACACGGAGAGCAGCGAGGGUGCAGGUGGCUUCGAGUCGGUCCACGACGGCGCCACUCACAACCUCGACCAGCACAACACGUAGGCGGCACAAGCCGAGCGUGCCCUAUCACAGAUCCGGGAGAACUCGUCCCGCGUCUGCAGCCCGACGUUGGCUCGUGUGCGCUGUCAGCACUGCCGGAUGGCUCUCGUACGCGGCUGACACCGAGGAGGGGUCGUUAUUGAAUUAUAUUUGGGAAAUCCGGGGAUCACUUUUUUACGCCUACACGGACAAGUAUUUGAUUGUACGGACUGAUUUUUUUUUUCUUUAUUGGCUCUCGUCACAAUCACCAAUUUUUUAACAUGUAAAAAAAAUAACAAAUAAAAACAGGUUUUAGGUUCAUGAGCGUCAUUAACAGCGUUGUCUUAAUUUUGUAGGGGGGAAAUCAAACAGAACAGCAGCGGUAGACCCGCGAUAGCAUUUUGGAUUACAAAGAACCGUGUAUUUGUCAUUUGACACAUUUUGUUGCACCUUUUGUUUUUCGUAGAUACAAAGGAAAAACACAAAGGUAAAAAAAACCGCGUUGGCGUCGUUUCGAUCAUCAAUCCCUCGGUCAGGGAGAGAGCACCUUUCAAUAAAAGUUCAACGACGGCCGUGGGAUUAUUGUGACUUGUACCUAUACACAGUCGUCGUCGUCGUUGUUUUUGUUCUCUCGACGCUCGCGCGCACAACAAAACAACCCACGCAUCCCUCCUCCCUCUCUUUUUUUCCUCUAUCGCCGUUUCACCGCGAUUCGUAAGUAUGGAGUAUGGAAAAACGCUUUUGUACAGCGAGUCUUUUGCCCCGAGUAUCCAAUGUCUAGACUGUGGCCACAAACUGCAAUUGUUUUACACUUUCUACCGUUAUUUUUUUUCCACGACUGCAAAAUCAAUUUUUCUAUUUCACAAUGUAGAUUUGUAGGUAAUGUGUGCGACAUCCCUUUGUUUUUGUUUCGUUGGCCAUUGUGGAAUGUAACAUACCACGCAGGUGGACGAACGUUAAAAAAAUAUCACCGACAACCUCGCGAC